AUGCCUGCACCGUCCACUUCCGCACCUCCUGCUCUCUCACCUUCAUCCCAAAGUAAAGCCGGAGCCGUCGCAGAUGCGAGCAACCAGAGGCGGAUAGCGUCUCGACCCUCGUCAAGGGUUGAUGAAAAGCCAGCUGUCGGCUCCUCCGCCGCUGCAUCCGGUGCGUUUGGCCCGCCCUCUCGAGCGCCGCUUCCGACGAAGCAGCCAAAAGCAAACACCUCGGCGAAGACAACCGGCGGUGGUCCAGCGCCCCUGCCUCGUCUGCCGGCACCGCUCGUCGAUAAAAUGGCCAUGGCGGCCGUCAUCAGCCCUUCUCCUACCGCCGAGGCGCCCAAAAUUUCCAUGACCUCCAAGGAAUGGGUUAUCCCGCCACGUCCCAAGCCUGGCCGUAAACCAGCGACAGACACUCCUCCAACCAAGCGCAAGGCUCAGAACCGUGCCGCUCAGCGUGCUUUUCGGGAACGACGAGCUGCCCGUGUGGGAGAACUGGAAGUGCAGCUGGACGAGCAGAAGGACGCUCAUCAGCAGGAGGAGGCCAAGCUCAAGGAAAAGAUCCGCAAUCUGGAGCUGGAUGUCCAAUCGUUUCGAUCCAGAUGCGUACUUUUGGAGAACAUGCUCGAUCGCGAGCGCCACGAACGCAUUCGUGCCGAGACGCAGGCAGAAACACUCAAAAGAAGACAUGGUGAUGACUUUUUCCCAUCACAAGGCAUAAGCCGCGCUCGGCACUCGCCCAGUCAAUCUCACCGUUUUGUCCAUCAAAUCCGUCACAGCCUAUCCGGCGGGCGCAACGAGCACCUCUCUCCGGGGAGAAACUUUGCCAUCUCCAACAUCAUUACUCCCCCCGAAAGCUUGGACAUCAGCUCCAACAACCCAGAGGCCGACGCCGCCAUCACCUGCGGCAACUGCUCACCCCAAGGCCGCUGUGCGUGUGCGGAAGAGGUUCUUGCUUCCGCGUCUGCAGGCUGCGGCAAGUGUGGCUUUGGCACUGCCUGUCAGUGCUUGGACGAAGUGACGAGCAUUGCCGAUGCAGGCCAGGACAUGAAAAGGCCGGCGUCGCCGUCUGCCGGCUCAUCCGACAGCAAGCGACAGCGUCCAGCCGCGGACGCACACGCCCUCACAGAGACGGACUUUACGGCCAUGUUUUCAAGAAAGCCUGCGGCCGACAACACCACAGCCCAAUCACCGUACGACCAACCCCCCUCGGCGAUCCAAAUGACUUUGGAAGAAUCCAUGCCAUUCAAGGAGAGCUGCGGAUUCUGCAAGGACGGCACAUACUGCGUCUGCGCCGAGGACGCAGCUGGAAUGGCUACCCCGGCCAUGACGCCUACCGAGUCAACACAGUCUGUCUCGCACCAGACGCAGACCCCCCCUCCCUCGGAGCCCGACAUCAUCCAGCCCCCUCUGGCCAUGGAAAUGACGGCAGACGGGGCAGUCAAGCUCCCCCGCAGAAUCCAAGGCAAGAAACCCGUCCACAAAGCAUCGCCCUCGUCCAGGGGCGGCUGCGGCGCCAACGGACCCGGCACAUGCGCUCAGUGCCAGGCAGACCCCAAGUCAGGUCUGUUCUGCCGCCUCAUGAACGCAAAGUACAGCCGUGAACAGGGCUCCGAUGGUGGCGGCUGCUGUGGCGGCAAAGGCGCGGGCGGAGGAGGAUGCUGCAGGUCCAAGACGCAGCAGGCCCCCGAGAAAAUCACCCUCCCCAGCCUGCCCAGCCUGGGGCUCAGCUGCGCAGAGGCGUACCAAACGCUGUCCAGCCACAGGAACUUUUCAAAGGCGGCCGACGACAUCUCCUCGUGGCUGCCGAAACUGAAGACAACACCGCAAGGGGGCCGUAUCGCGGCGGGGAGACAGGCGAUAGAGGUCGAGGCGGCCAGUAUAAUGAGCGUUUUGAAAGAAUUCGACGUACGCUUCGGAAGGGAGUGCUGA